GUAUGACUGUCUGACUGGUGUACCUGACACACAGAAAUCUGUGGGCUUUGAAAAGGGCUGUGUGCUCUACAACAUUGGGGCCCUCUAUACUCAGAUUGCCUGCAGGCAGGAUCGGACAACCCAUGAGGGUGUGGUGCAGGCAAUAGUCAACUUUGAGAAGGCAGCAGGAGCAUUCCAGUACUUGGAGAACCGGUUCAGUUCAGCCCCAAGCCAGGAUAUGCAGCAGCAGACAUUGUCCAUGCUGGUUUCACUGAUGUUGGCUCAAGCUCAGGAGUGUGUCCUAGAGGGCUGGUUGCUGGCUGGCUCCAAAGAUGGCCUCUCUAACUGUUGCCACGUGGCUGGGGAAGCUGCCCGGGUAGCUGAGAAAUACAAGCAGACCCAUGAGAAGAUGUGCCAGGAGCCCACCAAGAGUUACCUGCCCUUCUCCUGGCUGUCUAUGGCUGAGAGCAAAUAUCACUUCUACAGGGGACUGGCCCACUUCUACGUGGCUGCAGCUCUGUUAGAUCAGAAAGACAGCGGUGAUGUCACCAGGUUGAGGCAGAUGUUUGAGACCAUUCUGCUGGACUCGGCCACUAGAGAUGAGAACAACGGACUCAAGCUGCCCACCACGGAGGAGGAGAGGAGGUGUAUAGGCAAAGCCCAUCUCAGGGAGGCGGUGAUCAACCACGAGGAGUCACUGCGUAUCCACAACCUGUGUAAACAGUUGCGCAGGAUCGAUACCUUCCGGGACAUUCUUCACAAAACUCAUGAGAGGGCACUCAACAGGUUCUCUGCACUGGAGGAGGAGGAUGACUUCUCCGAGUCGCUGAUUGCUUCGGACAUUGUUGCACAGACGGAGCAUGACAGCAGCGCUGUGCUGCCAGAUUUCUCCAAAGUCAAAGUGGUGGACAUAUUCUGGCGAUUG